CAGCAGAGAAAUAUGGUCUGUCUAGUUGAGUUGGCAUCCAAAGUACACUCCUUUGGAUCCUCUCUCUCUUUUUUGAGCUAAACCAGACACUUUCUCAUUUGGGUUUCUUCUGAAACAUCCUCAUCUUUUAGCCCUGAGCUUGUUCUCCAUGUUUUGGGUUCAAAGUUGUUGACUUUCCUCAUGAGUCUCUGAUUUCAAUUAUCCCAAUUGUUGGAAAAGCUUGGUUCUUUGAGUACCCUUUAAUCGGUUUGUUGUGGAAAUGAGGUCUUCCACUCGCCUUGACUCCGCUCUGUUCCAACUCACACCAACCCGGACUAGGUGUGACCUGGUUAUAUCUGCAAAUGGAAAGACUGAGAAAAUAGCUUCGGGUUUGUUGAAUCCGUUUCUUUCCCACUUGAAGACUGCCCAGGAACAGAUGGCCAAGGGAGGCUAUUCAAUUAUUCUCGAGCCCGAGUCCGGCAGUGAUGCAGCAUGGUUCACAAAGAGUACUGUGGAAAGAUUUGUUCGCUUUGUGAGCACACCGGAGGUCUUGGAACGUGUGUACUCUUUAGAAUCUGAGAUUCUUCAGAUUGAGGAGGCAAUAACAAUUCAAGGAAAUCAUGAUACGGGAUAUAAUCCUGUAGAGGAAAAUCAUGAAAAACCUUUGGACAUCAUAGAAGGAAACAGGCCAAUCCUAGAUUCUAAUGAAGAGAAAGCAAUAGUUCUUUAUGAGGCUGGUGCCCGUAAACCUGAAACAAAUGGUUCCGCUGCACAAGGGGAGAAUUCAAAAGUUCAGCUUCUAAAAGUUCUUGAGACGCGCAAAAAAAUGCUGCAGAAAGAGCAAGGUAUGGCUUUUGCUCGUGCUGUAGCAGCAGGUUUUGAUGUUGAUCAUUUGCCACCAUUAAUAUCAUUUGCUGAAUGCUUUGGAGCUUCACGCCUAAUGGAUGCUUGUAGAAGAUAUAAGGAACUGUGGAAACGAAAGCAUGAGACUGGCCAAUGGCUUGAAAUUGAAGCAGCUGAAGCAAUGUCUAACCGAGGAGACUUCUCUACCACGAAUGCAUCGGGGAUAGUGCUUUCCAGUAUGACCAACAAGCCAAAUGAGAUGGCAGAGAAUAAUGGAAAAGUUACUUCUGCUGAUGAAAAGCCUCCCUUGGAGCACCAACCAUCGUUAGGCCACCAAGAAUAUUUUCCAGGCCAGUUUCCGCAUCAGAUGUUCCCUCCCUGGCCUGUACAUUCUCCGGGUGCAUUACCAGGCUAUCCACCAUAUCCCAUGCAAGGCAUGCCUUACUAUCAGAAUUACCCUGGAAAUGGUCCAUUUUUUCAGCCUCCUUACACAACAGUAGAGGAUCCAAGGCUCAAUCAAAGUCAAAAAAGAAAACAGAAAAGGCAUUCCAUGGAUGGUAGUCCCCACAAUGAUGAAUCAGAAGCCUGGGAGCUAGACGCUUCGAGAACAAGAUCGUCAGAUGAUACAGAGUUGGAGAGGGAAUCACGAAAGAAGUCUAGCCGCUCAGGUAAAAAGAAAUCAGGCACAGUUGUUAUUCGGAAUAUUAAUUACAUCACCUCAAAGGGGAAAAUUUCUUCAGACGGAGAAUCUCAAUCUGGUUCUGACUCUCAAAUUGAAGAGGAAGAUGGAAAUCUGCAGGAUGAGGUUAUGAACUCUCUUAAUUCAAUUAAAAGAAAAGGAAACCACACACAGUCUAUAGAUAAAUAUGAUUCAUCUGAGAAGGAAGCAAAUGGGGACAACUGGCAGGCCUUUCAAAAUUUCUUACUCAGAGAUGCUGAUGAAGACAAUCGCAAUGUUGACCAAGGCAUGUUUUCUAUGGAAAAGAAGGUCCAACCAAAAAGACGACAAAGUAACCAUGGGGAUGAUCCUUUACUUUCUGGCAAUCGACUUAGGAGGGAAAGCCAAGAAGGAAGUACAAUGGAUAUCAAUGACUUUAGUGGAAAUGUUAAUCGCAUGCCGAAGUCAUCAAAUGGUGAGUUGUUAAUGUCUGUAAGAGAGGGCCAGUUGGAUCACAGUAGGAAUAUAGAUGGCCAAAUGGAUUUACGUUCAGAAAUAGAUGGCAGGAGGGUUGGCUAUAGGAGGACUGCCAAUGAUGAUUUUAUGAUUCAUGGACAAGAUAACCAGUCUGGUUUUAUAGGUUCACCCUCCGAUCCACUUGCUGUAAAUGGAUUCGAGCGUGUAACCCGUAGUCUGGAUAAAAGGUUAUCGCACAACAUGAAUGAUGAUUCUUACAUAGUUCCAUUACGUUCAAUGUCACUAGAUCACGUUGAAAGCAGUGACAGAAAUGCUAUUGAUAUGGACUCUGAGUUCCCAUCGGAUGACAUCACUCAUAAGAUUGCAGGCCAAGUUAAUUAUGAGCCAGAUGAAUUGAGUUUACUUCCCCAGCGUGGUACAGAAAAGGGUUCAACAAGCUAUGACCCUGCUUUAGAUUAUGAAAUGCAGCUCCAUAUAAAUGGUGGUGCUUCUCUGGAUAAGAAACAUAAGGAUGUGGUGAGUGAUGUUAAAGGGGCUAAGAGAUCUGUCAAGGACAGGAAUUCUAAGCUCGUUCAAAAUACUUCUGAAAGGAAGAUUGGGGGGCCAAUAAGAAAAGGAAAGCCCUCAAAGUUGAGUCCUUUGGAGGAAGCACGAGCACGAGCUGAGAAACUAAGAAGCUUUAAAGCCGAUCUUCAGAAAGUGAAGAAAGAAAAGGAAGAAGAAGAGGUCAAACGACUGGAAGCUUUAAAGAUACAGAGGCAAAAGAGGAUUGCUGCUAGAGGUGGUAGCAUCCCAGCUCAGUCACCAUUGCCCUCACAGCAAACCAGGAAACAAGGGCUGACAAAACUAUCACCAAGUGCUCACAAAGGAUCAAAAUUUAGUGAUUCAGAGCCAGGAUCAUCAUCUCCUCUACCAAGGUUCCCCAUCAAAACUGCAUCUAUGGGUGGCUCUAUUGAUUCUCAGAAAACUUCCAAAUCUAGCAAACUGAAUACUGGAAGCCUCUCGGCUGGAAACAGGUUAAGCCAGUCAGUAUCUUCAUUGCCUGAAAAAAAGAAGGAAAACACUGGUGUUACAAGUGAUACCAAGUCAUCUAUGGCACGAAUUAGAAGAUUAUCAGAGCCUAAGAUGUCUAACAGCAAUCCUGUCACUUCAGUUAAGCCACGAAGCACUGUAACAGUAUCAAAGCCAAAAGCAUCUGAUGGGUCUGAGAGCAAGAAAAUAUCUGCUAUCGUGAACUAUGACAAAAGCAAGGCUGCUAGCCUCCCAGAAUUGAAAAUUAGAACAUCCAAGGGACCUGCUGUUGCACAGAACACAUCAACAGUCAAAGAAACAAGCCAGAAGGAUAUUUCAGUGAAACCUACCUCUGGAGGUGCUCAACUGAAGAGGAAUGAUGACAAAAGCACACAUCAUAGUGAUAAAGAUGACAACCCAGUAAUUGAGAAAACUGUUAUGAUGCUUGAGAAGCCUUCCGUUCCUACUGUACAUGGACCUGAACGAAAUUUGGAGGUCAGAAAGGGACAUAAUAUUCGGGAGAAAACAAAAGUGGUAUCAGAUUAUGCUGUCAUUCGGGCACCAGUUUCACCACAUACAGUUGAUGUGGUCGACAGAGAACCCAUUCGUGAGCUAUUACAGCAGCCGCUUCAAUCUAAUGAGGCCCUUGCAGAUAAUACUGAGAAGGAAACACCAAAGUUUUCCAGCAAUACUACCAUUGAAAAACCAUAUCAAGCCCCCUAUGUGAGGCAGUCUUCACUGGAAGAUCCAUGUACUGUGAACUCUGAGUACGGAAAAGCACUCUCAACAAGCUCAGAAAUAAUGGCAACAUGCACGGCAACUGUUAAACCAUAUGUAUCCGAGUCUAGUAACUUGAAACUAGAAAAGAUACCAGAAGCUGUUGAAAAGCCCCAGGUAAAGGAACCAUCAAAAGGGUUUAGACGGCUUUUAAAGUUUGGAAGAAAGAACCAUAGCUCAUCAUCAGGUGAACCAGAUAAUGGUGGCAUGAAUGGUUCUGAAGCAGAUGAUAAUGGCACGAACACUGUUUCUUCUAGUGAAGUGUAUACAUUAAAGAAUCUGAUAUCUCAAGAUGAAACUCCUAACUCUUCUGCUACAUCAAAGGGUUCUCGCCAUUUCUCCUUGUUGUCCCCAUUCCGAAGCAAAACUGAAAAGAAGCUGACAACAUGAUGACGUAAAUACUUGCAAAUUAGAGGAUUGGGAAGCAGCAAGCUAAUCUUUAUCCAGUAUCGAAGUUUCACAGAUUCUCCGGUUUUGUAUGUGUGAAAGUUAUAUCUAGUUUUCUUGUUGUAGAACUUGCUUUGUAUUUCACAAUCAGGGUUGCAUGUUGUAUUAGUUUGUAGUUCCUCUCCUGCUUAAUCAAAUGGUUGCAGGUUUGACGUGAACUGUUGCUGGAAAUAGUUUGCGGGAAAUGGG